AUGAAGGAUUCGUCGUGAGUAAAAAUGUUCUAUAUAUAAACGAAGAAUAUGGUGGAACUUGGAACACGGAGGAAGAGGGCUUGAAGACAUUGCAGGUUCAGUUAGUGUGGAACUGGUUUUGGCAUCAAAAUGCACAUCUACUCCUUGUCCAGAUGAUUUUAUGUGUCAGCUGCAUAACGAAAAUCAUGCUGGGAAAGAUUCUUCUGUUGGUUGGGUUAUGUUGGGGCGCCGUUGCUGCAGCUCCAGGUGAGGACAGCUUGAACCACUAUUUGGACCUGGUGUUCGAUAAUCUUCAAGUUCUCAUCAUUGAGAAUGGCCUAGAUCCAUCUCCACUCCCAAACGCCACAACGGGCUUCAGCAAAAAGAUCUUAGGUGUCGAAUGGCAUGGCGAAGCUGCUCUUUACGAAGGAUGGCUUAGAGGUCUCUCCUCCCUCUACCGAUCGACCGAUGCUAACUUCAUCAGGGACGCAGAGGGCGUUGUCAUCGGCAUUUCGGCAGGGACGGGCUUAGACGAAAUGAAGGGUCACUAUACGUGCUUGGCUCAAUUCAUGGACCUGGGUCCCGUUGCUGACGUUGUUAUCCAUGUGAACGGUGCCGCCGUCAGCUUCGAGGCCGCUCUAGACCGUACCGUUUGUAAGUUCAAGGUCUCGAAGCUCAACGUUGAUAAGAUUGGGCACAUAAGCGUUGACAUACACGGUCUGGGCCCACUCAACUGGAUUUUGGAACUUCUAACCGAACUUGUUGUCAACGUCACUGAACUGUUCAUCAGAGACACGAUUGAACAGUCUGUGCAAUCUAUGAUCAACGAAGCUCUGGACACCGUCGAUCUCACCAUCAUAGCACCGCUCCUUGACUGUGAUCCAGUGCAGUAAAGCAAGGUUGCCAGUCCUUCAAUGAAAUAAAAGACAACCUUUGUCUUUUCUAUAUAAAAAAAGAUACCUCCAAAUAUGUACAUUGAAAUAUAGGCCUAUGAUUAAAAUUGAUCAACAUCUCUAUUUUAAUUCAUCUCUGAAAUUGUAUGUAGGCCUAUGGAGGAUGCGACGAUUUUACAACCAAUAUAUUCAAAGAAGAUCCUGAGCGCGUGCGUGUGUUUUUAAUGAGAAUAACUCAGUCUCUUGCAUAAACACGCAUUUAAAAUCGCAUUAAUACCAUUUCUAGACACCGUGAGCAUAAUGGAUGCCAAUAAAAUGUAAACGUUAAGAAGAACCAAUGUUUAUGUAUUGCCACCAGCGAAAUAAAAAUCACCCUCAACGGUUAGCAGUAUUCAUUUGAAACAACUGUGGUAUCUAGAAUACAGGGACCCAGUUUAUGGAAAAUACCACGUA